AUGGUCCGACCGCUCCAAGAGAUGAACAGAUUUAACUUGCGUAAGAAACAAAGAAUUAGUUACUACGAACCGGACGAGCCGCCCUUCGACGACUAUGUUUUUUGUCCUUCGUGUCGAGAUUAUGUGUACGAAUACUGCGCUCUACAUGGCCCGUUACUGAUCAUACCGGAUGAUAAGAUCUACGACAAAGACCACAAACCCUCGCACAUGGUGGACGCCGCAGACGGGAACAACUCCAAUUGGAUGCGGUUUAUUAACUGCUCUAGACAUUGGAGUGAACAGAACCUCGUCGCGUUCCAGUACAAGGGAGAAUUGUAUUACUGCACAAUUAGAACUAUUCCUCGCAAUACGGAGCUGAUGGUGUACUAUGGGAGUGAGUUCGCACAUCGCCUGCACGUCGAUAUCGGUCGAUAUAACUCACCUGUAGACGAAUUUGUUAAACGACUAGCAGCUACUUAUGAACACUAUGAUAAAAUGUACGCAGAAUUGACCAAUCCAAGUAAUAAGAGUGGAACUUCGUUGAAGCAAUCUGUUAUAUUUACGAAAAAAAAGAAAAUUAUUCCAGUUAAAAAGUCGAAUUCAAGCAAUGUUAAAAGGCCAACGUACAAGCAAACUAUUGCUUCGAAGAGAACUAAUAAAAUACAUUCAGAUACAAAGUCUACUGUCAGUAUCGUAAAUGAAAAAACCUAUCAAUCUGUUGAAUUGAAAGAACAUAACUCAAUAUAUAGAGAUAAAAAGUCUCAAUCGGAUAAUAUUACCAAAACAACGCCCAACGAAACUGAUGCUUCAAAGGUACAUAAUACGUGUGAAAUGACUGAAUCCAGUAAUGUUGGCGGAACAAUGUCAAAUCAAUGCAGUUAUUUAAAGCAAGGUACAGGUCAACACACUGGUGAAAAACCAUACUCUCAUGAUGAAUGUGGUAAGAGUACCACUGAAUCUGGUCAUCUGACGAACCACAAAAGAAUACAACCCUGCGAUAAACCAUAUCCAUGUAAUGUAUGUGGUAAGAGUUUCAAUCAAUCUAGUCAUUUGAAAACACAUAGUAAAAUACAUACCGGUGAUAAGUCUUACCCGUGCAAUGUAUGUGGCAAGAGUUUCAUUCAAUCUAGUGAUUUGAAGAGACAUAGUCGAAUACAUACCGGUGAUAAACCUUACCCGUGCAAUGUGUGUGGUAAGAGUUUCAGUGAUUCUGGUAAUUUGAAAACACAUAGUAGAAUACAUACCGGUGAUAAAUCUUACCCGUGCAAUGUAUGUGGUAAGAGUUUCAUUCAUUCUUGUGAUUUGAAGAGACAUAGUAGAAUACAUACCGGUGAUAAACCUUACCCGUGCAAUGUGUGUGGUAAGAGUUUCAGUGAAUCUGGUAAUUUGAAGACACAUAGUAGAAUACAUACCGGUGAUAAACCUUACACAUGCGAUGUGUGUGAUAAGAGUUUCAAUAAAUCUUGUCGUUUGAAGAGACAUAGUAGAAUACAUACCGGUGACAAACCUUACGCAUGCGAUGUGUGUGGUAAGAGUUUCAGUCAAUAUGUUGUUUUGAAGACACAUAGUAGAAUACAUACCGGUGAUAAACCUUACCCGUGCAAUGUGUGUGGUAAGAGUUUCAGGUCAUCCUUUCAUUUGAAGAGACAUAGUAGAGUACAUACCGGUGAUAAACCUUACCCGUGCAAUGUGUGUGGUAAGAGUUUCAGUGAUUCUGGUAAUUUGAAAACACAUAGUAGAAUACAUACCGGUGAUAAAUCUUACCCGUGCAAUGUAUGUGGUAAGAGUUUCAUUCAUUCUUGUGAUUUGAAGAGACAUAGUAGAAUACAUACCGGUGAUAAACCUUACCCGUGCAAUGUGUGUGGUAAGAGUUUCAGUGAAUCAGGUAAUUUGAAGACACAUAGUAGAAUACAUACCGGUGAUAAACCUUACACAUGCGAUGUGUGUGAUAAGAGUUUCAAUAAAUCUUGUCGUUUGAAGAGACAUAGUAGAAUACAUACCGGUGACAAGCCUUACCCGUGCAAUUUGUGUGGUAAGAGUUUCAGCUCAUCCUUUCAUUUGAAGAGACAUAGUAGAGUACAUACCGGUGAUAAACCUUACCCGUGCAAUGAGUGUGGUAAGAGUUUCAGUGAAUCUGGUCAUUUGAAGAGACAUAGAAGAAUACAUACCGGUGAUAAACCAUAUACAUGCGACAUUUGUCCGCUAUAA